CAGUCAGCUGGUAGGAGCUGGUUUUUCCAAGACCACCAAAAACAAUUCACCACGUGUCUUCGGUGAAAUAUGAAGGAUGAAUGGUAACAUUUUAUUUAAACGUCUUAGCUGUUGGGACUUCAGGAAAUUUUAUCUGCAGUGCGCAAUGACUACUCAAACUGAGAGGUAGAGGCGAAAACCAGAAAACCACCACAAAAAGGCACUUCCUCUCAACCCGCAGGGAAAUUUGAAGAAUCCCACGACUGAUUCCCUGCACCGUGCCGAAUAUUUUUGUGACCAGUUGUGUCGGAAAUUAAAUUAUGUAGAAGCGGAAUCCAAGAGGGCACCUCUGCGUCGCUACUUUUGGACAUGAGGGCACCAGGGGGAAAACCCCACAGAAGACCCCGUGUUGCAUUUCCUCCCCUGGCCACCAGAUGGCGCUCUCCACUAAGCCACAACGUGGACGCCAUGAGUGCAGCCUGUGAUAAAUACCCGCAGAAACAGGGCUUGGUUCUGUCAGACUUCAUCCACAGAAAAUCCCAGGCUGCCAUUGGAGAGAGAGCCCGUUGGCACGAGCGAGCAGGACGCAGACGCAGGAGAUAUCGCAGGACGAACGCAGUGUCCAUCACUCUUGCUGAUGUAACCAGACAGCCUAUGUUGGUGUCAGAUAUUUAACCACAGCAACUUCGUGAGAAUAAAGGACACGAAAGGAAGCGACAAAAUGGGACAUACCGCAAUACCUAUAUUGAUGGCUGUUUUGUCCUACUGCGCGUGGGAACACGUCGAGGCUCUGGCCAUGAACGAGGUGAGCGGGCCCGUCGUCCAGGUGGCUGAGCCGCAGAUCGCCAUGUUCUGCGGCCGUCAGCUGUUGCACAUGAACCUACAGACGGGCCAGUGGGAACCGGAUCCUCAGGGCCGCCAGGGCUGCUUCAAAGAGCCCAAUGAAAUCCUCUCCUACUGUCAGGAGGUGUACCCAGCGCUUACCAUCUCCCACAUAGAGGAGUCAAAAAGACCCGUCACCAUCCCCGCCUGGUGUAAGAAAGGCUGGGGCCACUGCCAGACACACUCCUUCAUAGUGCUGCCCUACCGCUGUCUAGAAGGCGAGUAUGUGAGCGAGGCCCUACUGGUGCCCGACCGCUGCCGUUUCCUCCACCAGGAGCAGAUGGACGCCUGCGAGAGCUACGUGUACUGGCACAAUAUUGCUAAGGAGGAAUGUGCUGCAGAAAAUCUGGAGCUCCACAGCUACGGGAUGUUGUUGCCAUGUGAAGAUCACUUCCGGGGGGUUGAGUACGUGUGCUGCCCAGGCCGAGGAAGCUCUAACGGUAAAGGGGAGAUGGAGGAGAGAGACCCCCCUGCUGGUCCUCAGACCCUCACAGCCCAGUCUAGCGGAAAAUUCAACUCAAUCACCAAAGUGACGGCUCCCACUCCAAGCCCCUCACCUGACACCGAUGUGGACGAAGCCGAUAUGGAAGAGGAGGAUGACGAGGUGGUGGAGGAGGAAGAGGAAGAUGAUGAAGAAGAGGAAGUUGAUGAGGAGGAGGUGGAAGAAGAGGAGGAAGAGGAAGCCAUUGCUGUGAAAGAUCCAGAGGAGUACGAAUACCCCAUUGACUCAGGUCCGUACCAGACAUCAGACUAUCUGGACUCCUUCUACUACGAGAAAAGCCACAAACCUACCACCUCCGCUCCUCUGAUGAAGGGCGACAGCUUGACUACACCUCGGCCCACAGAUGGCGUUGAUGUGUAUUUUGAAAAGCCAGUGGACGACACUGAGCAUGCCAACUUCCUGCGUGCCAAAACAGACCUGGAGGAGCGCAGAAUGAAGAGAAUCAAUGAGAUCAUGAAGGAGUGGGCAGAAGCAGACAAUCAAUCAAAGAACCUACCAAAGUCAGAGCGACAGGCCCUGAAUGAGCACUUCCAGUCUGUGCUGCAAACUCUUGAGGAGCAGGUGGCUGGAGAGAGGCAGAGGCUGGUGGAGACUCAUCUUGCAAGAGUGGAGGCCAUACUCAACAACAACCGCCGCUUGGCCCUGGAGAACUACCUGACUGCUGUACAGUCUGAUCCCCCUCAGCCAGAGCGCGUGCUGCAGGCUCUGAAGCGCUACAUGGCCGCAGAGCAGAAGGACCGCAGACACACACUCAGGCACUACCAGCAUAUUGUGGCUGUCGACCCCCAGAAGGCUGAGCAGAUGAAAUUCCAGGUGUACACUCAUCUGCAUGUAAUUGAGGAGAGGAUGAACCAGAGUCUUGCACUGCUGUACAAGGAUCCUACUUUGUAUGAGGAGCUGCGUGAUGAUAUCCAGGAGCUUGUCAAGGCAGAAAGAGGAGACAUCAGCGAGCUCAUGACCACCUCCUUCUCUGAGACCCGCACCACUGAGGAGCUCCUGCCAGCCGAGAGCGAGGAGGAGAAGGAUGAUGAAGAGGAGGAGGAGAGGGCCUUCCAGAACAGGCCUUAUCCUCCCCGCGUUGACCUCCAGACUAAUAAGAAAGUGCCUGCAGUUGAUGAAUAUGAUUAUACCACAUCUGAGAGAGGCCCUACCUAUGAAUAUGAGGAAAAGAUCAACACUUCUGUGGAGCUCAAGCAGGUAGUCAACAAGCCUCCUGAGAUUGAGAGGGAUGAACUGCAACCUGAUGCCUUGGAGACAUUUAACCGUGGCGCCAUGGUGGGGCUGCUGGUGGUGGCUGUGGCUAUUGCCAUGGUGAUGGUGAUCAGUCUGCUUCUGGUGCGCAGGAAGCCAUACGGCACUAUCAGUCAUGGCAUCGUAGAGCAGGUCGACCCCAUGCUGACACCUGAGGAACGACAGCUCAACAAAAUGCAGAACCACGGCUAUGAAAACCCCACCUACAAAUUCUUUGAACAGAUGAACUGAGGUACUGGGGCUGCCAACAAGUCAUGCCUGACCACUUGUUCUGUCCCCCUCUCCCUCCCCCCAACACUUUUCCUUCCUAACAGCAUCCCAGCUACACUCCCAUUGACAAUUUAAUGAUGUGUUACAAGUAUGAUGUAACUGAGUAAGUAGGGGGUACGUCCCAAACCCCAUUGUAAAUGACAAACAACAACCUAUCAUCAUUACCAGAAUGUGAAUAAUGUGAUAAGAUACACACUCACAUCACGCAUUGUAAUCUAAUACUCCUCUGGGUAACAGUCUGAGCAUUGUCCUCUGCAUUAGCGAUGCUGCAGUGUUUCAUUUACCUUGAAAACCAUCCCAGUGGCAUGACUUGACCUGUUGCCCCUCACUGGAAACUGAAGCUGAACGGUGCAUAAUGCUUUAUAGUAUUUAUUUUUCAGUAGUAGUUUCUUUGUUUGAAUCGUACCACAGUUAGAUAUACUGUAUCUGUGUAGAUGAGUGUGAGUGACAGCCUAGUUAAAUUAUUGUGUAAAUUGCAAGUAAAACCAAGUCAGGGAGGGCAAUUAUCAAGCUAUUGUGAGCUAUUUGAAGGCACCUCUCAUAUGAUAACAAACAUUAAGUGAGCAUGUGGAUUUGUGAGGCUUCACUUGAAACACAGACUCAAAAAAGACCACCAUAGACACUACAGCGCUAUGUUCUGAUGGUACAUUGAGAACAUGUUUUUACUUUUGCCCUAAUAGAUGAUUAAUGAAUCGGCAAAAUAUACCAAAUAUUGAGUUUAGCUUAUUAAGUCAGUGAAUGAGUUAUUUUUCUUUGUACUGGCACCUAAAGAACUGUAAAACAGAAAAAUCAAAAGUCUUUUAUUUUAAUGAAAGCAUGACAACUUGGUGUAUGAUGCUGCUGUGUUUAUUUGUGUUGUUCCUGUCAUUGCUUUUGAGAAGUCAGAAACGUCACCGUUCAAAAAAUGGACACUGUAAAUAACGUAAGAAAUACAUACUACUAGAUGUAGACAUUUCUAUGAUUAAUUUGCAUCGGUGUAAUGGAAUAAUACAUAAAAAUAGUACAUUGUGCUGUAACGAGAAGGAGAAACAUUUUCCUAACAUGGCUGAUUGAAAACGGACUGUUGUUAAAACCAGCACAAGACAAUGACACAGUUACUUCUUUCUGAAUGUAUUUAAGGUAGACGUUGAGAUUCCAUCCUCUUUUCAGUAUACGCAUCAUUCCCCUGAGUAGAGCGAGUAGUGAAGCCCAACAAGUCAAACAGACAGACUUACAUGCCUGCUGUCCUUCUCAUCACUCCCUGUAGCAGUUUUCACAAUUGGCAGGUGUGUGUGUCAGAGCAGAGGAGCUUAAAAUUUGGGCAUGUCGGUGAUACGAGUUGUACAGAGCAGCGAGUGUAAGGAGGCCACAGCUAUAGUCAUGUGAAAUGUCAGUGUGUGUAUUCAAUCUUUAAAAAAAGACCACACUCAGGCACUCAGAUAAUAGUAAGACAUGCUGUGAGUCUUUAAAUCUGCCAGUUUGACACAUUUGGACUCAACAACAUUGAAUGUUAGUACUCUAUAGAUGCGAUAUUUAAGUUUCUAGCUUUUCACUGAAUGACUCAUUGUAGGUUGUCAUAUUUAUGAUCAACAUAGUACCCUGUAUAGGUAAGUGAAAAGGGGAUUGUCCCCUUUUUCUAGCUGAUUGUUAACUGCUUGGUGUGUCAGGUUGAUUUCUGUUAGCCUCUCAAUUCUAUCAGACCAUCUCGAUUGAGGAAGGUUAUACUGUGGGAUGUUGCUUUUUUUCUCAUCAGUCUUUUGCUGUAUGCUAUAGUAAAGAUAAUCUAAACCAAAAUCAAUUCAUUUCUGAUUCAUUUCAUUCUGGCAGGCGUUUGCUUUAAAAGCCUACAUUUGUCCAUUUGGAGGAAAAGUCAUUUAUUCAUAAGUUGUGUUUUUCUUUUUUGUAGAGUUUGCUUUAUAAUGAAGCAAAAAAAAAACUUUGACUAUCAGAGUUCUGAUUUAGCAUCAAUCUUCUGUUUCUCUGGUUAGGCAGGUAAGUUGCAGGUUGCGGUUGUGUUAUGACGGGUGAGGAGAAGUCAUAAGCCCUUGUAUAAUUUGUACAGCUACGUUAAUGAAUGAAAACGUUGUAUGUUCACAGUUUAAGUCAGUUGAUCUUGAAACCAUAGAUGAGAAUAAGCUUGCCUGUGUUUCCCAAACCACUGAAGGUUUCCUACCAGCAUUUAGCAGACGUAGAAUGGUGUAUACUGUAGUUACUCAAAUCACAUUUGUACGUACGUCCUCUGUCAAAUUCUAGACUUCUUUGUUGGUCUGUCCCCUUAUUUCCCCGAUGAAAUAUAAACAAUGUUAUUGAGAUUUUAAUUGCUGCAUUAUUGCCUUUUACAAUGCUGUGUUUUGGAUGUAAUUAUUCUGUAUUUUUUAUUUAUAUGUAAUAAUCAGUUGGAUCAAGGGUCAUGCUUUUCACCUGUAAUGUAAAUCUAGAGGCUUGUAUGAGAAAACAGUGACACAUUUAUAACAUUUAGAAUAAAUGUGAAAUAGAGACAGACCUUCGGCCUCUUCCUAAUUGACAAGGAGUGGCACAAAGCACAAGUAGAACCAAAUGACUCAAUUUGUGUGCAGGUUGAUAAAUGUUAGUUAUUUAUUGCGUCUGUCGGAUUUCAAUUAUACUGCAUUGAAUCUAGAGAUGUUGAUAGCAUCAUUAAGAGAGAGCUGUUCUUCAUUUUCAUUCAGACCUUUAACCAAAGACAUGCUCCACAAAUACGCAGACAGAUACCAAUUUGGAAAAAAGAAAAAGUUCUCUGUUGUGUAACUGUAAAUCUGAGAAAUUAGAACUGGACAAGCUAAUAAAUAGUGUAAUAAAAUGAAUGACCCAUUA